AUGGCUGCUAUACGCCAAGGUUUGCCAAUUCCUCGGCAAAGCAAGCUGCAAAAGCUUCAUGUGGUCCUUGGGGAGGACGGCCUACUGAGACUCUCAGGGCGUGUGGGAGUAAUUACCGGCGUGCCAGAUGCAAUGAAUUUUCCUAUUAUCUUGGAUGGAACUCAUCAAGCCGUGCGACUACUAAUUGAGCACGAGCACCGUCGACUAGCCCAUGGCAAUAAUGAAACCGUCGUGAACGAGCUACGCCAGGAGUUUUUCAUCUUAAACCUUAGAAGCACCGUCAGAUCUGUGGGGCACAGGUGUCAAUUUUGCCGUAUCAGGAAAGCAACCGCUGUGAUUCCUCCUAUGGGAAAUCUACCUGCUUCCCGUCUAACCCACCAUUGUCGUCCUUUCACGUGUGUUGGACUAGAUUACUUCGGCCCCGUCCAGGUGACGAUUGGCAGGCGGCACGAAAAACGGUAUGUCGCCUUGUUUACGUGCCUGACGACCCGGGCAGUUCAUUUGGAAGUUGUGCACGAUCUGUCAACUGACGCCGCGAUAAUGGCUUUACGUCGGUUUGUAGCCCGUCGAGGCACGCCUAAGGAGAUCUGGUCGGAUAAUGGAACUAGCUUUGUUGGAGCGACGAAAUUCCUUCGCGAGCUCUAUGGUCCAAAAUUGAACGACUUCACUGUCAACAACGGAAUAGAAUGGCGUUUCAUACCGCCUUCGGCGCCUUCAAUGGGCGGAGCUUGGGAGCGCUUAGUGCGUUCCGUUAAAACGGCCCUUAAAGUGAUCCUCAAGGACAGAGCCCCUAAAGAACCGAUAUUCACCACCCUUCUCGUUGAGGCGGAGGCAAUCGUGAAUUCAAGACCACUAACGCACGUUCCGGUUGGACAAGAAGGUGACGAAGCUCUCACACCAUUUCAUUUUCUGAUCGGGACUUCCUCAACGGGAAACCAUCAUGUCGGCGCCGUCCCUCAAGACUUGUAUGGUAGAACCGCUUGGAGGAAGACUGUGAGACUGGCGGAUCUCUUUUGGCAGAGGUGGCUGAAAGAAUACCUUCCAACCCUCGUUCCUCGGCGCAGCGGCAGCGAGGUUGAAGGAACCCCUCUCAGUGUGGGUGACCUCGUCCUUAUUGUUGACGGGAAUUUGCCGCGGGGAACUUGGCCCAGAGGUCGAGUAAAGAAACUGUUUCCGGGUGGAGAUAACGUUGUUAGAGUGGCCGAGGUCUCCACAGCGGGAGGGGUGUUACGAAGACCGUUAAGAAAACUUGUUCGGUUGCCUGUCUGA